UAAAUUGCCAGUCUUUUACGUGAACUGUUAAAAGAACCGCGACUUGUAUAUCUUUCUGAAGUGGAUUUGGUUUGGAGAUCUGUGAGUGUGAACUCAGGAUGGAGAUCCUCUUCAUCAUUUUCACCAUCUGCCUGAUCUCAGAUGGACGAGCCUCUAUGGAAGUAACAGGAUAUUCAGGAGGAGAAGUCCUGAUCAAGUGCAUGUACGAUCCAGAAUUCACAACAAACAAAAAAUAUUUCUGCAUGCUUACAUCGCUAGAUUGUGAAGAUCUAAUAAACACAGACGCUAAAAACAUGUGGGUGACUUCAGGAAGAUCCUCAAUGUUUGAUGACACCAAAUCUGCAGAGUUCACGGUGAAGAUCCGAGAGCUCACUGUAAAGGACACUGGGACGUAUCAGUGUGGAGUUGAAAAGGAAUGGGGGACAGACAUUUACACAAAGGUGGACCUGAAUAUAAAGAAAGAUCCAGAUGCCCCAGAUUUCACCUCAGUGCCUUCAAAAUAUGCAUUGCCAUCUUUAUCAACAUCAUCAUCAGUUCCUUUUAAACCUGAAUUUCAAGCUGCGAGGAAGAAGUAUUUUGCGAUCAUUGCGUUCGUGUGUGUUGUGCUGCUUCUGGGUGGAAUCAUAUUCAUCAUAGUGAUUGUAUAUAAAAGAUGCAAAUCAAAAGACCCAGAAACAAUGACUGAAACUUCCAGAGAGAUAACUGGAGAUCAUGUGAAUGACCCAAAUGUGCUUCGUUUCCAAAUAAAACAAAAGAAACAUCUACCAGAUUCAGCCUACCAAAGUCUUAUCCCCAACACCAACCAAUCAGAUUCAGUCUACCAAACUCUUAUACCCAACACCAACCAAUCAGAUUUCAUCUACCAAAGUCUGAACUCCGAAACCAAACAUCCAAAUUCAAUCUACCACACUCUGAACCCCCCAAACAACCAACCAGAUUCAGUAUAGCAGAGCCUUAACCAAACAACAACCAAUCAGAUUCAGUCUACCAAAAUCUUAUCCCCAACACCAACCAAUCAGAUUCUAACUACCAAUGUCUGAACCCCCAAACCAAACAUCCAAAUUCAAUCUACCACACUCUGAACCCCCAAACAACCAAUCAGAUUCAGUAUAGCAGAGCCUUAACCAAACAACAACCAAUCAGAUUUAGUCUACCAAAGUCAGAACCCCAAAACCAGCCAAUCGGAUUCAGUCUACCAGAAGCUGAACCCAACACCAAAUUCAGUCUAUCAAAGUCUGCGCUCCAACACUAACAAUUCCAACUAAUUUACAAAUCUCAUCAGUUGGAUUCAGAGGGUCAAAAUCUCUUUGUAACUAGCAUACUGCCAUAUUCUUCAUUAAUCUGGAGUGGUCUUGAUUCAAAACUCAAUAAGAAUACAACUGACUGUUAGUUUGGACAAACUGACUGUUUGCUGUCAAAAAACUGCUAUUUAUACAGAAAGUUUGCUUUUGAGUGACACUGCAGAUCAACAAUCAUACACUGUUUCCUGCACCUCUUAGCAAACAUGAGUGUACCUUGUUUCCUUUCCUAUUUUUAUAUGUUGGCUCAGUACUAAUUAGAUUCUGAAACAAUUUGGUUAGACCAGACCUUUUAAACCUACACGGACCAGGCGUUACCUUAUGACUAUUGAUCAGGCAUAACAUUAUGACCACCUGCCUAAUAUUGUGUUGGUCCCACUUUUGUUGCCAAAUCAGUUCUGACCUGUCGAGCAUCAACAACAUGAACUUCUUCAGCAGUUUGAGCUACAGGAGCUCGUCUGUUGGAUCAGACCACAUGGACCAGCCUUCGCAGUUCACGUAUAUCAAUGAGCCACGUCCUCUCAUCGCUGGUUCACCACUGUUCCUUCCUUGGACCACUUUUGAUAGAUACUGACCACUUGCGACUGGGAACAAGUCGUCUAGCCGCCACAAGUUGGCCCUCGUCAACUCAAUGAAAUCCUUACGCUGGCACAUUUUUCCUGCUUUCAAGACAAAAUGUUCAUAAAUCCCACCCACUAGCAGGUGCCAUGAUGAAGAGAUAAUCAGUGUUAUUCACUUCACCAGUCAUAAUGUUAUGUCUGGUUGGUGUAUAUUCAAUCCAAUUAAUUGGUAUUUCAAAAGCCUUGUUUUGAAGUUUGUUUUAUGGUUGGAAGGGGUGAGAGUCAGCCUUCAUUUUUUUCUUAAGCUGUUGUCCAAUAAAAGGAUAAACAAGAUAUCACAUGACCGUCAUAACACCAACUUGUCAGAUUCAGACCAUUAAUAUCUCAAAUAUUCUCUGUGAAACUAGAUUGCUCUUAAUCUGACAAAUUCAAUAGAAUCAUUAUUCUAUGUUUUAAAAAUGCUUGCUGUGCUCCUAUUGUACCUUCAUCAGGAGAUUUUUGCACAUAUGAGUUGCCUCCUGUCCUUGUAGAUA